AUGACGUCUGUGGUGAUGACCCACUGCUCGGAACACAUGCACAUUUUAAACCAUACGCGAAAGGACAUGUCGGAUACUAUGGAGACCCAGACAUUCCGUCGUCUGAUGGGCUUAAAGGCUCAUCAGUCCUGUCCUGGAAUGGUCGGGCCUGGACAAAACGGCGAGUACUACUGCUUUAGUCGCGAAUACGGCUACUGCGAUCAAAGUAGCGGAUUGUGUAUCUGCAACCAUGGCUAUGCUGGGUUGAGCUGCACAGCUUGCCAGUCAGGAUUCUUAAAACAAGGGGGUUUGUGCUAUGCUAAGAGUAAAAAACCUGUCCCAACGAUUGUUCGAAAGGCGGGAAAUGUGAUUAUUCCACGGGAUUGUGCACAUGUGAUUCCACACGAAGUGAGUUGUGUUUCCUGUGAACAAUACGAUCCGCGGUGCCUACAGUGCGAUUUACAUGGCUGUCUCAAGUGUGCAGAUUUGCAGCUGAACUCUGUCCGUCGCAGUGGACAACGUCAAAUUGACCAGCCGUUGCCUAACGACGAGCUUAUCCGCGAAUUCUCGCAAACCUUUGUGUAUGGAAGUCAAGAUCCGCGAGUUUUUGAUGAGGCUGAAUCUUAUACGCUAGCACCAGCCUCAUAUACGUUGCUACCGUUGAAUGAAAGCAGUGUAGCCUGCAUUCAAGGUAGCAACGCGAAUUCUGAGUGGGUUUGUGCAUCUUUUUCGGAGUCACACCGUGUGUGUGGUCAUCGCGGGGUAUUUUCGUUCGAGUCACCUCUUUAUGCCACUACCGAAGCUGCAGGAAACCUUACUGUAACUGUCAAACGAUCUGGAGGAGGAUUGGGACGAGCCGUUUUACUGUACGAUAUUGAACACAUCACCACAACACCUGGAGAUGUUUCCCCCACCAUGUUUUACACAAGCUCGCAAAGGCUGGACUUUGCGCCUGGGGUUGUAUCUCUCGCAUUUAAGAUUCAGAUUCACGACAAUCAUCAUAUUAAUGGUAACAACUCAUUCAAGCUUCGACUUCGUGAACCGUUUGCUCCAACUGAUGAGCUUAAUUUGGCACCAGCGACGCUCGGCAAUCAGUGGCGCACCUUUGUGACCAUUGUGGAUGACGAUAGUUCACGACCAGUUGCCAAUUUAUCGCAUGUGGUGGAUCCAGAGUCUACACUACUAAAGGGUGGAACUGCUGGUAUCCAAAUGAGCUUUCAGAUUCAUAGUGUACUGGGAAGUGGGGUCCCCGGGCUUGAUCCUUCCAAUGAAGCUCUUUUCCACAUUACGUCUUAUGCUAUCGAAGAUGAUUCAAGUUUUGAUGCUGCAAUAUUUCGCCCACUAAAACAUGGGACUAUAACGCAAUGUGGGGGACCAGAUAAAUCCUUGCUCACUUGCACAUGGAUGCGUGAAAAUUCAGGUAAUUACUCGGUUGCUAUUCAACUAUUGUAUCCUGGAGGGUUGCGCGGAGAUUAUUUUAAAGAUGCUUGGCUUGGAGAACAUAUUGCGAAAAGUACUCCUCAGGUGUCACACAUUGAUCGCCACAUCAAUUUCACCUGGAACACUGGACCAGCGUUCAUUGGAGCUCGAGGUCACUACUCAGCGCGAUGGAGUGGUUGGCUCAAGCCAGUCACUUCAGAGACAAUCAUUAUUGCGAUCUCGGUAGUAGGAUAUGCACGUUUGUGGGUCGACGACUCACUUGUGAUUGAUCGUUGGGAUGCUGGAGGUGAAAUUAACAAUAAUUUUCCGGUGAUAAAGGCGAAGGCUGGAAUUGCACUAGACGUUGCAGAGCUGCAUUCUUUGGUAUUGGAGUACCGAGCCCCACGACAAGGUAAAUUUCACGCCCAAUUAUUAUGGAAAUGUGUCAGCAAUGGAAAGAUGGAGGUUAUACCAGCCCAUCAGCUCUAUUCAGGUAGUCAUAUAAGGGACUCUCCAUUUACUAAUGUGCUUGUGACGCCAGCAUUGACAGCAAGUCCAGAAUCGUCAACGUCUAGUUUUAAUGCUGAUCAUUUAUCCAUGUCCGCACUCGAGGUGUUUGCAGGCAAGACUUUUACAUUGAGCAUCUUCCCUCGCGAUGAUUUCGGCAACAGGCGACGCUCACGAGAUCAAUCCGGCCUUCAACAUGAUGUCAUCUCUGCAACGCUGACAUUAGCUACAGAGCAGAGCUCUGGGGUUCAGAGUACUCGAACAGAGGAUGCAUUGCUUAUGUGGGAUCCGAAACCGGAUGUCUUUCGUGUGGUAUUGAGACCACAAGUCAGUGGUGACUACUUCUUGACGAUCAUUCUCAACAAUGUCUCUCUAGCAGCAAACCCAUUCGAAGUAACUGUCUUACCAGCUCAGCUCAAUCCAGCACAAUGUGUUCUCUCUGGUCCAGGUCUACAAAUUGGUCGUGUCGCUGGGCAAACUGUGAUUGUCGAGCUUGAAGCGCGGGAUAUGUACGCAAAUCGAAUAUUUACAGGAAAUCUUAACAAUCUGAAUCUCCAGGCGUCGCGCUUAGACAGCACAGUCCCAAUCGUAGCAAUGGGUCAAGUAGUCGACAAUGCAGAUGGAACGUAUAGAAUCAUGUAUACACCUCGUGUGGUCGGCAGUUAUAGCGUCUCGGUCACGUGGAAUGGUGUCCAUUUGCAUAACAGUCCGUAUGCAAUUACUGUCGUGCCUAAUAUUGCUGUGGGAUCGACAAGCAGCGCGGAAGGUCCUGGAAUUGUUUUUGCGAAAACAAAUGUCCAAACUAGCUUCGAGGUAACAAGUCGAGACUCAUCCGGCAACAACGUGCUGAGUGGUGGAGGUGCAUCAACCUUGGUAGUGGUGCUUGAAUUUCUCGGUAAGAACAAUGUGAGCGGAAGCGCUUGCACCGAUCUACUCAAUGGACACUAUACUUGCAUAUAUACAGCACAUUACGUCGGCAUCACACGACUACAUGUUAUAUUAGCUGACCAAGCUGUCAUUGGGAGCCCGUUUCUUGUCAAUGUCACUGCUGGACCAGCAUUAGGAUCGCGUUGUGUGGCGUCAGGUGAUGGCUUGGUUUCAAGUACGGCUGGACAACGCACACAAUUUAUUGUUAGUAUUUACGACACAUUCGGGAAUGAGAAGGCUGACGCUGGUAACGAGAGUAUUGACGUCACGUUCACAGGCCCUGAUUCAGUUUUGACAACAGUAAAUGCGGAUGUAAUUAUAUCAUAUGUAGCCGCAGGAGCUUAUCAUGUGGCUUAUACGCUUAAUCGGAAAGGCAGCUACAAAAUCAGCGUUAGUGUGGAUGGUGUCGCGGUUGUGUCAAGCCCAUUUAACGUCUGUAUAUAUCCUAAUGUGGUGUCUUCGACUACGACAUCGUUGGAUUUACUCUACCCAGAUCUCCUAACGACACUUGUUGAUCCGCCACUGGUCUUCAGAGCAGGAGCUCUCAUUAAGUUGAGGCUGACCACCCGAGACGCUUUCGGAAAUGUGCUGGAUGAUGGGGUCGAAUUUAUCCACCUCAAUGAUGCGGAACGCGCUUUUUUGGAUGCUCCGAUUAUUGACGAGAAAAAUGGAAGCUACCUUAUCACCUUACGUCCCCUCCAAAAAGGCGUUUUUUCUUCUUUUAUACCAACGUUAAUGGUACCUGGUAGUGUUAAUGGUUCAUACUACUCUGUAAGUAAAGUCCCCGUGAAAAGUGCACCAGCUGAAAUAUCACCGGAUCAUUCGCUGGUGUUGAAACGGCAAGAUGCAGCAAUAGCUUUCGAUUUUAGUGCAAGACCACCGUUUCGUACGCACUCUGCAACGACUUUUAGUGUUUGCUGGAAUGGAUUUGUGCUGCCCCUUUUUAGUGAAAUAUACACCUUGGAAUUACAUGCCCUGGGAUCAGCUAGUCUUCGCAUCGGUAGCACCAAAGUAAAUGUCCAAGAUGGUGCUACAAGAGCAUCUCACUUGAUUCGUCUUACAGCACGAGCACUUGUGUAUUUUGAACUUAAUUUUUCCAAAUCAGAUCAGGUAGCCGGCAGUAGCGUAAAUCUUACUUGGAGCAGUCUGUCGCAAUCGCGCGAAAUCAUUCCAUCGUCUCAGCUUUAUACAUCUUGGAAUAUUGUCAACAAUGUUCCACUCCUCAACAUCAAGCCCGCUGCUGCAGAUCCCACCAUGUUUACUCCAAAAUUUGGUGCCUCAGCUCAGAUACGCGGGUCGGUGGCAGUGCAAGCAGUAGUUGAUGAGUCUUUGGAUUUCGAUGUCGUGGCUCGCGAUAGUUUCGGCAACGAGCUUGAAGACAACGCCGAGUGCACACUAUUCGUGUUGCUCCCGCAGGUGCAUAAUGAAGUCGAUUUGUCGAUCAGCGAAGUGUACAACGGCUCGUACAAAGUCACUUUGAUUCCUCACGUAACGGGUGAAUUUUUGCUGUACAUCGCCGCUAUUCCUGAUGCGAUGAAAGCAAAGGUUCCCUCGGGCAACGAUGUUCUUGUGGCUUUCUUGGCUCCAUUUAAUAUCAAGGGCAGCCCGUUUCAACUAGACAUAGAACCUGGUCCGCCCAAUGCAGCUACCUCGACACUCAAUGGUGGAGGCUUCGUUUUGACAUCUGCAGGGGUUCUCACUUCAUUCGAGCUGGAACUUCGGGAUAGCAGUUCAAAUUGCCUUACUGCAUUUAUGCUGACUUCGUAUUUCGAUCAAAUCCGAGUCAAACUAAGAAGCUUAAGCACCGGCGUUGAGGUUUAUGCAAAUGUUUUCCAGAUUAGCGGAGAACUCCAAAGCGUUUUAUCGGCCAGCAGGGUACGCGUUGAGUACAUAGCUACUAUCGCUGGCCUGCAUGCCCUGUUGCUGAGUGUGGACAAAGGCAAAUUUUAUGAGCAGAAAACAGCAACGCUACAAGUUUAUCCUAGUGCAGCCACAGCAAGCACGUCUUUCUUGUCUCCUAACGGGGCAGGAGCAGCCGCAACAAAUACGGGACUUGGACCGCAGAUCGUCACUCAAAAGGUUCAGACUUAUCACGUCACAGUGCGGGAUACAUUCGGCAACAUUCGUGCCAAAGGUGGUGACUACUUAGUUUCUCGGAUUCAUGGCCCUGACAGCUCGACGGGUAACAUCACAGAUCUAGGCAAUGGCGACUACAUUGUGAGUUACCGUACCAUGCUUCCUGGAGCAUAUGAGAUCGAGACUCUUGUUGCUGAACCGCAGCAUGGAUUGACCGGGUAUUAUUAUGUUGAUACAAAAACUUUCUACCGAAACUUAGCACCUACUGUGCGAUUUGUGGACACAACGAUCGACUUCGAUUGGAGUAAGAACGAGAGUAUGCGAGGCUACCCGCGCAUCGUUUGGCGUGGAUUCCUUUGUCCAAGUUUUACAGAGGAAUACAUGUUGUGGGUUAACGUCCAAAGCGAUAUCGGAAGUGCGGCUGGAAUAUAUAUUGAUGGCAAAGCCGUAAUUGAUGGCUUAAACACUAACGCCAUUUCUGGACGCGUGAUGCUCGUUAGCAAUCGACUCCAUGCCAUCGUCGUAGAGUACCAUAGUGCCUCACUACAGCAGAAGCCAGGAUACCUGUCUUUAUUUUGGCAGAGUGCACGACAACCAUCGCAGCUAAUUCCCACGCAAUCUCUAUUCGCAGGGGCGACUGAAAUAUUACCCCGAACGCAGCUCGUAGCUGUCAAUUAG